ACAUUAUUGGCCGGUUUUUAAUGUCAGUUUCGGCAAAGCUUUUAAAUAUGAAAAAUGCCUGUCAAAAAUAGGGUGAAGGGAAUUUUCCGAACGCAACCGAACGGAACUUCUUAACAGCCGAAUAUUUAUCGAGCGGCGACCGAAAUUUUCCCAAACACAAGUCGAGAGUGAAUUGCACAUGAAGAGAGGAGUGCGAAACGCUUCUUCCAAAAUACCACCUUUGAUAUAGUUUCCACUAAAGCAAUCACCCAAAUGAUGUGCUAGACUCCAAGAAGAUCAAAUAUACUGCAUUUAUGUGUCAUUUUCCAAGAAAUUUGUGUCGAAUUUCGACGAAAAAUUGGUCUAAAACAUGGAACGGGCAGAAGAGAGACGUGAGCAAAAUGGAGUACUAGAAGAUUCAAGCGACAGUGAACUAGAGUCAUUGGCUGCUGGUGUUCCCUUAGAUAUUCCACCAAGAGAUAUCCCUAAACAUUUACCGAGAGCAAUAGCAGAGCCAGUUCACUCUGCUAUGAAACAUCGCUCCAAUUCGUGUCCAGAGCAAGACGAUCCGUUACCUAUUGCACGUCGCCCUAGUUUGAAGAAAAACAGAAACUUUCUAGUGCAAGGAAUGAGCCGUGUUUACCAUCCGAGCUCAAACGAUAAACUGUCAGAAAAGCUGACAUUGGUCGUGGAUAAUACGCGAUUCGUAGUGGAUAGAUCUUUAUUUACGGCCCACCCAAAUACAAUGAUGGGGAGAAUGUUUGGUUCCAAUAAUGACUACACUACCAGGAAUGAUAAGGGGGAAGUAGAAGUUGCACAGGGUAUCUCAGCUUCUGUAUUCAAGUGCAUUUUGGACUUCUAUAAGAAAGGGAUUAUCAAUUGCCCACCCAGUGUGUCAAUUCCCGAGCUGCGAGAAGCUUGUGACUACCUCCUCAUCCCAUUCAAUGCUACCAACGUCAAGUGCCAGAAUCUACGGGAACUGUUACAUGAGUUAUCGAAUGAGGGAGCUCGUGAACAAUUCCAAGAAUUCCUAGAAAAGUAUAUCCUACCAGUCAUGGUCACGGCAGCUAAGAAAGGUAACCGUGAAUGUCAUAUUGUGGUUCUGUCUGAUGAGGAUAUUGUGGAAUGGGAUGAGGAAUACCCUCCCAUGGGUGAAGACUAUACUCAAAUUGUUUAUUCAACACCUCUGUAUCGGUUCUUCAAGUACUUUGAAAACCGGGAUGUCGCUAAGGAUGUCUUGAAGGACAGAGGUCUCAAGAAAAUCAGACUAGGCAUUGAAGGAUAUCCAACUUAUAAGGAGAAAGUCAAACAACGGCCUAAUGGAGGACGACCCGAAGUGAUCUACAACUACGUCCAGAGACCAUUUGUCCGCAUGUCCUGGGAGAAAGAGGAGAGCAAAAGCAGACAUGUUGACUUCCAAUGUGUAAAGCAGAAGACUGGAACACCAGGACUUGUGGAAGCUGUUGACGAGCCAGCCGCUCUAGCAGCUGCUGGGGCAAUCAAUGCCCCUCCCCCUCCCCCUGUGUUUCUUGGCGCAUACCAGGAAGAAUUUGAGUGAGCAGAGAAUUGCUAAUGAGUAAUAAUUUCAUUGGCUACUGUGGAAGCUCUGUAAGCACUGGAAAGCUCUAAUGUGGUAAAGCUAUGAUAACCAGCUUUGGUUUGGAAAAAAAACACAGCCUGAUGCAGGCUGGCAAUAACAUUGCAGUGAAACAGCUUUGUAGGUGAUGGUCCCCUGUAGAAAAUGAAGCUUUAUGGGGACCUAAAAGAAUAUAGAAUAACUCCUAAAUGGAGAUUUCAUUGCAGGCUCAUAGCUAGGGGGUGGAUGAGGCCACUACCACACAUGCUGUAGAUCUGCCCAAGUAAAACUUAAAGAUUCCUAGUUAGCUGUUCCUUUGUUUUCAUUUUCAUUAAAUCGUGAAAUAUCCAUCAAAAAACAUUAAAAAAAAUCGGCAUCUAAAAAGGUUUCCACUAUAUUUAGCAAAUUCAUAAGACAGUAUUGUAGUAGCUUCCCCAAAUCAGCCACUGGAAAUAGAUGCUUUCUUAGACUUGGUAUUUUGCUUGGCUAAUAAAAUGGCAGCUAGUAAAGACUCUGUGAAGCUAGUAUAGGUGAUCCACUAAAUAGGUAGAUAAACCCCCAUCCCAUAGCUGUAAGAGGCCUCAAAUUAUUGGGGAAGGCACGAUACAGAAACAUUAGGAAAACAAUGGGGGUACAGCCAUGCCCCUAUUGGUCAUUUUCUUAUAAUUUUUGAAAAUGUUGGGGGGCUUGUGCCCCCAGUGCCCCACCCCUUUCUACGGCCCUGCAUCCUCUCUAUGAGCCUGAGUUGUAGUGUCAAGAAAGCUAAUGCCUAGAUUUCACAGCGUUGCAUUAUCAUGCCGCUCUAGAAAAGUUUGACAUAAUUUGGAGUUCGCAGUCAACCCAAAGAUUUGUGGAACUGCUCUAUGGUCGAACCUCAACCAAGCAAGAAAUUUGGGACUCUGGUAUGCUGUCGAAUCUAGGCCUACUGUAAGAUAGCAAGUAGAUAAGUCAAUAGUCAUUAUUUUUUUACUUCUUCAUGAAUUAUCCGCAGGUCAAUAUAAGGGGAAAAAGUAGUUCCUAGAAAGAUAUCUGAGACUUACAUUUGUUUGGGGGGGGGGGGGUACUUAUAAUCUACACGUCUCAUUUCCCAUCUUAUAUUCUUUUUAUAAACCUAAAACUUGAUAUUUGACAAAAUGUGAACCAGUUUUUAGUAUUAGUUUAUGGAAGGGGAAAUGGGGAAACAUUUCAUCUUGUAUUGGAUGUUAUAAAUGCUUAGUUUGCUGCUAGAGUAGGUAAAGUAAGCUUGUUAUGCCAUGGUAGGAAUAAAGAAAAAGAAAAAGAA